GAGGCAAAAGUGGUUUCACCCUUGGCACAAAGUUGGCUAAUUGGUGGAAUGCGUCCGUUACCGUUUUGUGUUCCCUCUUUUUUUCCCCCAUUUAGCUGAUCAGUUUGCUUAUCUGUGCGCUAUAUGUAGAAAAGGGGAUGCAAAAAAAAAAAAAUAAAUAAAUUACACUAUGGAUUCCAAGGGAUGGGAAUACGAGGCAUAUUAAGCGGCUCGCGCAGAGGCAUACGCAUAUACGCGUACAUGCCUAUACCCACGCAUGGCAGUAGAUAAGCAUAAGCGCAGCACAGUCACGGCGGCUCUUAACCUCUGGGGGGAAAGGAAAAAUGUACUGUGGAGAAGGCCGAUGCGGAAGUGAGAAACGAAGCUCGAAAAAAUAAAAAUAUGUUUUUAUAUCAUGUGAAUAACAACACAAUUAUACUAAUUCUGUUAUGCACAUUCCUGUGCCACGUGAAGGCUGAAAAUGUGAAGAAUGCAAACUGGCCAGGAAUAAGCAGUGUGGGACGAUUUAAUUAUGGGUAUGCGAGAAGAACGAGACGGUUGGACGGGGGGCACUGGAAGGGUAAUUUGAAGAUGGGGGGAGAAGAUAGAACAUGUGGACUACUGGACAUCCCCAUGGGAAAUCCACCACAAUUGGUAAACAUCCUCUUCUUACGUAGUUGCCACAAACCCAUUGGGUGUAAUCCCCAUUACCGAAGGAGGAAAAACUUUUCCCUUUUUAAAAAGAAAAAAGAUAAAGGUGGAGCAACAAAUGUUAAGAAGAAAGAAAAGAAGGUAUUCACAGAAGAAGAAAUAGAAGAACUCCGUCGAAGAGCCAAGGAAAAACUACAACCCAAAAAGAAAGGCGACGCUGAUGGGACCCCUGGUGCUAGGACAAAAAAGGGGGCAAAAAGGAAAAAAAGCACAGAACAAGUUAAGGGUGAUAAAAAAAGCAGCGAAGAAGAAGUACAACAGUUGGAUGAUACAAAAGGUGCAGAUCAGGAAGAGGAAGACCUAACCGAUUACAUAAAAAGCAAAGAAGAUUUUGACAAAAUAGUAGACCUAACCAAAGAUUUGAUAAACGAAAAAGAGGUAGAAUAUAUACACAAAAUAAGCGACUGUGAUGAGGAGUUGUUAGCAUAUGAUAAGAGAGAAAAAAAUAUUCAGCUGAAUUUUGAAGACACCCUCUUCGACGAGGGGAACUACAUGCACAAUUACGUCAACAACAUUAGCAAGUUUCGCUUUGACAUUUACAAUCUGCAUAACAAGAACGAAUUUGAUAGAAUUACUAAAUAUUUGAACUAUCAGUAUAUAGAGGAGGUGCCCGUGGAGAUGCCCACGGAGCGUAGCUACAACAUUGGGCUGAAGAAAUAUUUCUACCAGGUUGUGUGCGACUUGGUGGGGAAGUACCGGGACAAGUUUGAGAAUGAGCCGUACGCGGGGGGGGAGGAGCAGUCGGGGGGCGACCAUCUGGUGGAAGACCAAUCGGGGGGUGACCUACCGAACGCACAGGAAACGCCCAGCUCCCGCUUAUCCCUGCAGAAGGGCAAACUAAACCAGCACGAUGCUGACACAGGAGGGGGAGAGGACAGCCAAAUUUUGAACAAUUUCUUGAAGGAAAACAAAAAGGAAGCAAGCAAAACGACAACCAUGGAGAGGAUAGAAAACAUGGCCAGCGUAAUCCAGCCAACUCAUGAAGAUAUUAUGAACAAAUAUAUGACCCACGAUUUGUAUAAUCUGCUAUGCGAUAUUAAGGAUGAAUAUGAUUACAUGUUUGAAAAUGGAGGGCUGGAGAAAUUCUCCUUUGAUCAAAACAGAAAAACACAUAAGGAGAAGCUAAUAUUUUCAGGGAAAAAAAAAAGAGCCGUAGCUAUGGUUUUCCUCCAAAGGGGGAACAACAAUUUGAUAAUAAACAACAGGGAUGGAUAUCAAUACCUGCAGUACCAAAUUUUUAACAUAAAUAAAAUAUUCAGCCCUCUACUCCAUCUGUGCAUGCACAGACAUUUCAAUGUCGUGGCCAGGGUCGUUGGAGGGGGGUUGUCGGGGCAGAGUGUGGCCAUAUUCCACGCCCUCGUCAAGUACAUCGUGUACAACUUGUCGCUGAAAAUAAAGCCCUAUUUCCGCUCCUUCAAGUUUAUGACUGUGGAUAGUAGAAAGGUGGAGAGGAAGAAGUACGGGCUGAAGAAGGCCAGGAAGAGGAAGCAGUACAGUAAGCGUUAAGGGGGGUUAGAAGUGUGUUGCGGGGAAGAUAGAGGUGUGUUAAGAGGGGGAUAGAAGUGUGUUAAGAGGGCGUUAGAAGUAUGUUGAGGAGGCAAAAGGAGGUCUCCUCCCUAUUUGGGGCAACCCUUCUUGUCCUCAGUUUGGUGCACUCACAAAGGGGUGAAGAAGUGCAUAUGUACAUAUGUACAUGUAUACUUCUCCAGGGGACUGGUAUGCGACCUACCUGCGUCAACCCCUUGUGAGCAAACGUGAUGGAGGGCCCACUCCAGCUGAGCAGCCCGCAAAUAGAUGUCGCUUGAGGGGGGUUGGCUCUCCCCUUCCAGAGCAUGGUCUACCCAGCGCGUGCAUACAAAGGUAAUCCAUCAAGCGGGCGCAUGUGUAUACAUUCUUUUUUUUUUCCCUGUUCGGCCUCUACAUUGUGACGCCUGUACCUCAUUUGUACGUGUGAAUUUUUUUUUUUUUUAUGUGCAUAUAAUGAGGAGCUCCUUUUGUUCGGGAGCCUUCCCAAAAAAAACAAUUUCGUAAACGCACAGUGGUGCAACCGUUUUAGGAGGCACACUGGAAGGAGG